AUGGCAGACGACAUGUCAAGUCAUUAUCAGGUGAUGGAGGAGUUGGGCAGUGGCAGUUUCGGCGUGGUUUACAAGGCCAUUGACAAGACUGACGGCGAGAUCGUCGCCAUUAAACACAUCGAUCUCGAGUCCAGCGAAGACGACAUUCAGGAAAUUCAACAGGAGAUUUCGGUCCUGGCUACCUGCGCCAGCGCCUACGUUACACAAUACAAAGCCAGUUUCCUAAAGGGCCACAAGUUAUGGAUUGUGAUGGAAUACCUCGGGGGUGGCUCCUGUUUAGAUUUGUUGAAACCAGGAUGUUUCAAUGAGGCCCAUGUUGCCAUCGUGUGCCGGGAGCUUCUCCAAGGCCUGGACUACCUACAUAAUGAAGGAAAGAUCCACCGCGACGUCAAAGCGGCUAACGUCUUGCUUUCCCAAUCUGGAAAAGUGAAGUUAGCCGACUUUGGUGUGGCCGCGCAGCUGGUCAAUAUCAAAUCGCAGCGCAAUACGUUCGUCGGAACUCCAUUCUGGAUGGCGCCGGAGGUUAUCCAGCAGGCUGGAUACGACUUCAAGGCGGACAUCUGGUCCCUCGGAAUCACGGCAAUCGAGAUGAUCAACGGCGAACCCCCACAUGCCAGCACACACCCUAUGAAAGUCCUCUUCCUCAUUCCUAAAAACCCGGCCCCGCGCCUCGAGGGCAAUGACUAUAGCAACACCUUCAAGGAUUUCAUCGCACAAUGUUUGACUAAAGACCCUGACAUGCGUCCCAGCGCCAAGGAGCUGCUGAGACAUAAGUUCAUCCGCAAUGCGGGCAAGGUCGAAGCGCUGCAAGAGCUUAUCCAUCGCAAGCAGGACUGGGAUGGAAACCGCUCUGAGCCCAAAGACCCGCGGUACUACGCGGAGUCUCUCCACACUAUGACGAGACCGGACGAGGAAGACGAGGACGACUGGGUCUUUGAUACCGUCAAGGCUCCUCCAAUGUGGAAGCCCAAGGGAGGCACCGACUGGAUGACAUUCGACGAGGAGGACGAGAAUAUGCCCGAUCCAGCGCAAAUGAUGCAGGACUUGCAUAUCGCACAACCCCCACCUCCACCAAAGCACCAAGCCAACUCGACUGUGCGACGCGCGCCCACCGAUCGAUCACCUUCUGUUCGAAAGGCAAAUACCAAGCGACGCUCAAGCGGCGUCAAGCAGCCACUUGGUUUGGAUUUGAGUUACGGAAACAGCCCGUCAACAGUUCGACAGUUCCGCCGCGUCUCAGACAAAGUCCAAGAGCCAAACCAAAUGAGACAAGGAUACGACGAGAACGUCAGCCCCAAGACCGCCUCGACCGACUCCUCAAGCAAAGAAGCCCAGAUUGGCCGACGCGCAUACAGCAAGGCCGUAGGACUUUCCUGUCAAGAGGUUCUCUCUACGACAGGCGACGGCGACAAACGUGAAGCCAUAUCCCGCCUCGCAGAAGCCUUCAGCGAUCUUGAAAUGGUCGACCCCGAAGGACUAUACCACAUCGUCAGGAUAAUGAAUGAAAAGCUUCAGUCUGACUCCCGUCUCUCCACCCUCCUCCCUUCAACUCAACCAGACUCCCCAUCCCGUCCUCGUCUGGUACUGGCCCAAAACAACCCUCACCUCAAAAGCCACCGCCGUCGACAAUCAUAUGUCCCCGAACCAACUCCCCAAUCACCCCCACCGACCACCCAACCAGCCCCCGGAAUGGAGCACACCAAACAACUCACUGAUGUCCUCUACUCGCGGUGGUCAGAGGGUCUUCGCAACCGAUGGGGCGGCAUUUGA